CUUUCACAAAAGAUCGAAAGGGCACUUCGAUGAGUCGACUUGGCGUGUCCCUCUUGGCAGCGGCAUAUGCAUCUGCUGCGGAUCCGUGUGCGUCGUACCUUCCAUUGCUCGCCACGGUUCCGACGUGCACAUCAGCGCAAGUGACCUCUAAUACUGCCCAUGUAUCACACACAGCCUCAUUCCUUUCACCGUGGAUCGUCAUCGUUGGAGGGUACGCCAUCAGCACCGGACAACCCGUGACAACGAACACCGUCAUGCUGUACAACCCGUCGGCCGCUGCUCCAGCCGCGGUCAUCAUUCCGUCGUUAUCCGUCGGUUAUACAGCGCCAAAACCCAUCCCAACCAACGUGCAGCCGGGGACAAGGGCGGAGCAUUCUGCCGUCGUCUGGGACGACGCAGUUUUCAUCUACGGAGGGCAAAACACAGACUUCAUGGACGACAUGUGGAGAUUGUGUUUGAACUUUGGCGGCGGCUCUGGGCGAUGGGACCAAGUGACACCUGCGACAUCGUUCAGUCCCCCGUCUCGCAAAGGUCACACGGCAGUGGCCUAUGCCACCAACAGUACCGCCAUGUUCGCGAUGGUCUUUGGCGGGAUGCUGGGCACAACCUAUAAGGACACGAACGACCUGUACUUUCAGAUCAUGACCAAACCAGCAGGCUCGACCGCGUGUCAAACCCCUCGGGCGAUCGUGACGUGGCAGCGUGUGGUCACAGCAAACAGCACCAACGGCCCCGCCCCGCGCUCGUUCCACACCAUGACGUUGAAUUCCCCGGGCAGUUCGGCCUAUUCGAGCUGCGCCAUCCUCUACGGCGGCCAAUCGUCGUCAGACAAUACCAUCAUGGACGACCUAUGGGCCCUCUGCCCCCAGACGCCAUCCAAUGCUCUCGUCCCAGUGGAGCAGCAGACGUAUGUGUGGACUCUGUUGACACCUCUGGGGGCCACUUUGCCCUUUCCUCGCUUUGGCCAUACAUCCGUCGUCACGUUAUCGAAUCGCUUGGUCGUGUUUGGGGGCUCGUACAGGUUUCCCCGCGAUUACCUCAGUGAUGCGUGGGAAUUCAACCUGGUGUUGAAGCGGUGGACGGCUCUGUCUGCGCUCCUGGUCGACGCAUCCGAGAUUCCCCCUCGCCGAUUUCACACGUUGACCUACACCCCCCAGCAGCAUCAACUGGUGAUACUUGGGGGCCUCGACCGGUAUGCCCUGAAAGAUGCAUCCGCCAUCCAAUGUGGCUACACCUCGGGGCUGUGUGCCGCGGGCGCCAUUGCCAUGUAUUGCAACGCCACAGACCACAUCGCAUGUCAGCCCUGUGUCGCAGGGUAUUUCGCUGCUUUGGGGGCCGAACAAUGCUCCGUGUGUCCGCCUGGCACGUACUCGACGGCGGGGUCGGCGCAGUGCUCGGACUGCCCCAUGGGAACGUACAACGCCUUGCCAGCAGCCCCCGACGUGUCGUCUUGCGUGCGUUGCCCAGUUGGAACGUUCUCCCAGUCCACUCGCGCCACAUCGUUUGCCACGUGUCAAAGCUGCCCUUCCGGAUCGUUCUCGAACGUCGUGGGGUCUAUACAGUGCACGCCAUGUAUCGCUGGCACCUUCUCAAAUGCAAAUGCGAGUGUGUGCUCGUCAUGCGCGGCCGGCACGUUCAGCCAACCGGCGGCCAGCGCGUGCGCCAACUGCGCCCCUGGCUCAUACACUCCGUUUGCAGCCAUGGGCGCCUGCUUGGCGUGUCCCACUGGCAUGUACAGCAACGCAUCCGCAUUGCAAUGCACUGGGUGCCCCGUCGGAACGUCCAGCAGUCGCGUCAUGGGAACCCUCGCCGAUUGUGCCGCAUGUGCGGCGGGGACCUACGCUGAGACGUUGGGCCAGAGUGCUUGCGUGUCGUGUCCGGAUGGGUCCGUGUCGACGGCGGUGGGCAGCGCCAGUCGCUCGUCGUGUACACUUUGCCCCGCUGGCACGUACUCCAAAGCCACAAAGUCGGCAUGCUCGGCUUGUCCUCGCAGCACAUUUGGCAAUCAAACAGGCCUAUCUGCGUGCUUUCCGUGCCCCGCCAACACGUUUACCAACGGAACCAGUCCCCCUGCCUCCACGUCAGCGGCCGCGUGCGUCCCGUGUCCGGUGGGCUCACAGUUCGACGCUGCCACUGGCGCCUGUGUGACCUGCCCCCCCGGCACCCACCGCAACACCAACACGUCCGGCUGUGUGCUCUGUUCCCCAGGGUCCUUUACAUCGUCCGAGACCGAAGCACAAGCGACGCAAUGCACUGCGUGCUCGCCCAUGCAAGUGUCGUCAGUAUACGGCGCGGCGGCGUGCGACGUGUGCGGAGGAGGCAGCUACUCGUCCAACCAGUGGAGUUCGUGCUUGUCGUGCUCCCCGCCGUGCCCCGUCGGUCGCAACGGCUUCGUGUGCUCCAACCUUGGCACAUGUGUCUAUGGAGGCUGCGUCUGCACUUCGAACGCUUACGGCAUCGCGUGUGGCUCCACGCUCCAGCUGAAUGCUUCGACCACCAGUGGCGUCGUGUUCUUUAGUACUCCCAACCAAACCAUCUUGUAUGACAACGUGACAUCGAACUCUGUCACGUUGGCACGCCAAGGCGGGUGUCGAGGCACUGUGAGCGUGGUCGUGUCAGUUGGUGGAGGCAACGCCACGGCAGCCAGCGGUGGGUUGGCAGCUGGUUGGACGACCACCGCGACCUUUACCGACCAGCAGGUGACUAAAACCAUCGCGUUGCCGCUGCAUGUCGUCGUCGGUCAAGGUUGCGCGUCGCUGCGCCUAGUCCUCUCAGAUCCGUUUCCAUUUCAAACUACGUCCAAUGUGUCGGCUACAGACGGCGCCAAUGUCCUUUUGCUCGUACAACCGACAACCAUUGCUUCGACCAGCGUUCUCCAGGUCUUGCCUACAACGACGGGCUACAACGUGACGGUGAUGGUGUCCAAUAUUGCCGCAACCACGGCGGCCGUGUCGCUGCCAACUGCAGCCCUCCCGUCGAUCAAUUCGUUUUUCUACUUUGACUUGAAUGUCGACUUGACUGUGGUGCCGCUCGUGCCGGCCAUGCUAGCGUUUCUUGAGGUGCAAUUUGCCUCGAAAGACUGGCGGUUUGCGCACAACAUGAACGCAACUGCAACGUUUACAAACGACGCCACUGGAUUGUACAAUCGGCUCAAAGCCAUAUCAAGCGUAACUCCAUCGCCAUUCACCGGCGCCUUUCUAAACGCAACGUACCUCUCCAGCCUUCCGUGGGUUGUGGGUGCGUUGCGGCAAGUCGUCGUGGUCACGGCCGCCACGUCCGUGUCGAUGGCAACCACGAAUGCUACCGCCAUUCGACUCGCGUGUAUGCAAGCGAAUGUGAUACCGUUUUUUCUCACGUCCACGGGGGCGGCCCCGUCCUUGUCGGCACUGGUGGCCAGCAUGGGCGUUGGGGCGACCCUGUCAUACACCCUCAGCACGUUCGUGACCACGCCGUGGCAAUUGCUUCAAACGGCCACCCCUAUGGGAUUCUACGCCACGUCGAACCCGUAUGCGCUGGUGCAAGCUGCGUCUGGCACUGGGCAAGUGCUGACGUUGUCGUUUCGAAAGACGGCGCCCACUGACCCGCCCCAGAGCUCCGUGGUGGCCAACGUCCUCGGCCUCGGCGUCGUGCUCAUCACGAUCUUUGCGUUUGCCCCGUCGUGUUUUCCUAUCCCGAUCCCCCCCCCAUCUUGGCCCAUCUCGACUGGAUGGGUGGCUCCAUAUGAAACCUCGUCGGACCUGGCAUCCCAAUGGACGAUUUUCGCAUCCCUCUCAACUCCUCCUCCUCCCCUUCCACCCACUCUCGUGGCCCUUCUAACGCCCCAAGGGCCAGCGACUUCCUUCCAAACAACCUCCAAAGCGACCUUUACACAAACCUUCCCAGUGUAUUUGCAACCCCGCACCCCGCUCAUUGUGCGGGGCUACGUCAACGGAUCCGUCUCAACGGCAUCGAUUGAGCUCGUCGUUGCAGGCGCGACCUUUGCCGUGCGCACGGCCGUCCCCCUGACCACCAACCCCAGUGUGCCGGACUGGCAAUUCGUGUACGCUCGCGUCGUGCUGAACCAAACCACGACGUCCCUGCAGGUGGUGGUCAAUACCUCCGCCACCCUCCAAGUGGCGAAUCUCGGCGUGUACCCCGAACCCUCGUUUGCCUGCCAAUGUGGGCCAGGGUAUUACGUUCGAAAUGGCGAGUGCUGGCGGUGUCCAAGUGGGUUUUCCUGUGGAGGGGGGGUCAUGUCUACUUGCACCAAGCAAACGUACUCGUUUGGGGCGUUUUCUGCUUGUAAACCGUGUCUCCCUGGAUGGACGUGUGCUGGGGGCCUCGCACUGCCCUGCCCCAAGGGUACCUACACUGUGGAUGCUAUGACGUGUAUGCCUUGUCCACCAGGCUUCAAAUGCGUCCAAGGCCAAAAGUACCGACUACAAUUCAUUCAAGUACUCAAUGGGUGGACAAAGUACUCAAUUGCUGUAGGACGUCGUGCUUGUCGGGUUCAUAUGCGCCGGCCAAGUCGACUCAAUGCAGUUUGUGUCUGCCAGGAACGUAUGCCACGGCUGCAGGGGCAAGUGCAUGUGCGGCAUGCCCGCUUGGGUUCACGUCCAACUUUCGACGGGAUCACUGCAUUCCUUGUGCGGCUGGAUCGACGUCGUCGUCGGGUGCCUCUUUGUUUCGAUGCCAGUCGUGUGCAAACAACUCGGUUGCCAGUGCUGGCGCGAAUGUCUGCACCCCUUGCCCCGCGGGCUCAAUGACAUUGCUUGCCGGGUCUCAGCAAUGCCAGUCGUGCCCGAUCAACUCCCCCGACCCCCAAUGUACCCGUCCAUAACGACGACGACGACAAUAAUAUUAUAUCCUCAC